CUAGCCAGAUGAAGCUAGCUGGCUGCUUAUAAUGUCAGCUUUGGGCAACAGGGUUAAGUUGCUGACUAGCUAUUUAUUUUCAUGAACUGAAGUUCAAUUUCAAUAGGCGAACAACAAGUGGCAACCUAGCUAAUACUUACUCACAAGGAUUCCUAAAUUGUUGCUAAGAAUAAUGAAAAUGACUGCAGGUUCUACUGGUCAUUGUUUUCUGGCAGGUUGUAUAUGCUAGCUAGGUACCAAGCUAAAGCUAACUACCCCAGAAGUUGUGGUUGAUCAAAUGAUGCUUUAUUAUUGAUGCAGUAUUGUAAACACGUCGUUCGUGGCCGGUGUUUACAUCUUUGCAGACUUUUUUGUACAGCUUUGACAGUGCUACUGUAUCUUUUUUUCACACGCAAAGACCCAGACAAUAUUCCAUAGUAUGUAUGUCGUGAAGCUAAUGGCAGUGACGCCAUGACUGUGUAACUCCGUUAGGGCAACAUCUGUAAAGUAGCCCACUUGGUAGUGUGUACCAGUGCUCGACCAGUCGGCGAAAGCCAACGACAGUGCGAUUGAUUGUCAAGGGAAAUGAAUUCCAUUAUCUUGGCUUUAAUGGAUUUCGUCUUUGUGUUGUCUCGCUGAAAUUGUGUUACUCUUUCAAAUGACUGCUAUAUCCACACAGCAGACAUUAUGGGCUAGUUUAGGAAUGCUGUGUUGCACGUAUAGCGCAACAUUUUCCAUGCUGUCAAUACGUCAUGUCCCAACGUUAUACAGGUAUGCACGUCAGCUUUGACAUCAGGGUGUUAUAGACAUCCGAUAUGUUCACCGAUAUAUCGUGCAUCCCUACUCGGUACACAUGGGACAGAGACACAGCAAGAUUUAUACAAAUCUCUGCUGUUGAAAACUAAAUGUUAGUCUAAAGAAAUGUGACAAUGUCUUGAUGUUUUUUAUAGUGGAGAUCAAGUUUAUAAAUUGCCAGGCUGGGCUGAUGAGAGUGGAUUGCGCAGUCAAAUGGACCAGAGUAAAUAGGAAUUUUAAUGUCAGAUUUAGCUGGUGGUUACUUGUGGAAUUGACAUCGGCUGGAAGGGGGUUUUAACCAAUCGGCAUUCAGGAUUAGACCCACCGUUGUAUGAGUAGAAUUAAAGAGAAUUCGAAUGAAAAAUGCCUAACUAGGCUGUCUACGGUGCCUUUGAAUUCACUUUUAGAAACACGAGUUUGGCCAGCGUCUAUGUCUUCAGGCUCAUGCAAUGGUGCCUGGUGAGCAUGCCAGCAGCACAGAAUACUCUCUUUGCGCUUGUAGAGCCACUGGGGAUGCUAAACACUCCUCGGGCCACUCUUGCUGGGCAGGGAUGGAGAGUUUUUAUUUAUUUAUUUUUAAUUUAAAAAAAUAUAUAGCUAGGCCUAAAGUUUAUUUAUUUAUUUUUGCAAAAUGACCCUAUCAAACUGCAAAGCUCAUUGAAAGAGUGUUAAACCUCUUCGGCCUUUUCGAAGACCAGCACCAUACCCCGUGAGAGAAGACCGGACCGACGACCACAAGGAUUCUGAGAGUUACGAGGAGUUGGACCAACAGCAUGACUACUCCGGUAACAACAUGGACUAUGAAGGAUAUCAACAUCAGCAAAAUGCUUCUCCCAAAGUUUACAAUGCAGCUGACAAACGUAGCGCCCUCUACCAGCGGUUCUAUAAGCAACUCCAGGAGAAGACACCUGCCGACUGUGUGGUUCUGUCUGUGAGCAACCAGAGCACGGAUUACCCCAAAUCUAUAGGCCACUGUUUGCAGGACCGUGGCCUCUCGGUGGAAAUGAUUUACCUGCAGGCGGAGUCGGGCCUGACCCGGGCCCUACAAGAUGUCCGCUCCGACGGUUCCCCCUUAUGUAUUCUCGUCGAACAGACUAACGUAGCUCUGUCCUCGUGCACAGUAAUCAUAUUUUCAGAAUCCCUCAAAAUCCACCGCAACAUGCCCAAGGACCAUGCCAUGGACUUUGUGAUGGCGGAAUAUGGCCGUGGGCUUGGGGAGCGGACGCAGCAGAAGGACCCUGCAGAAACAGGGGCGCGGGCGGCCGAGCUGGUGGAUGACUACCUGGAGAGAGAGAAAGUGGAGAGGCAUGCUGUGCCCUCUGACACCCGCCAGCUGCUCUUCUUCCUGGCCGAGGGAGUUCACCUGUACCCCGAGGAGCUGAGUACCAUCGCGGAGUAUCUUCGCAACCGCCAGGACCAUCUGCAAGCCACGUCUGAGACUGGUGAUGGCCCCCGGCCUGAGAGGAAGAAGAUGUUGCCUCCUGGUUUAGGUAAACCUCCACCGCUGCUACCCACCCCCUCAGGCCCUCAUGGCAGAGAGCCACCCCCUGGGAUGGGAGAGCACCCUGUCACCCCCCUCAUGACUCCAGGCUCAUACCCCAAGACCAAGCCCCCUCCACUGCUGUCCAUGCACCAGGGACAGGGGCUACCUCAUCGUCCCACUCAUGGCCCCCACGGUCCACUACCUCGAGGACCCCCACACCACCAUGGGCCCCCUCCCCCCCGAGGGCCCCCUACCCCCCGUGGUCUUCCACAGAGUGGCCCCAUGCCCCCACACGGCCCCAGAGGAGCCCCACCAUCACUGAAGAGCCUUCACAUGGGACCCCAGCCUGGGCUGCUCCCCUGUCCAGGUGGUCUGCCUCCACACCCUAACACACCCAGGCGCUGAGAGAAGAACACCCUCUAGACCACCAUGGACAGACAGCAGAAAGCAUUCGUGCUGAUCAGGAAACACUGUCAUACUGGCCUGAGGAGUGGGAUCUCCUUCAGCUCAGUGCCCUGCUGCUGCUCUCUCAGGACCCCACACUACCACUCCUCAUCUCAGAGCCCUGUAUAGAUAGUCUCUGUCUCUGCAUCCAUAGUUUAGCAAGCUGAAAUGGAAUGUUGGUUUUAUUUGACUAUUUGGGAGUUCAGAGCUCAAUUUUUAUGAGUGUUUGAGUUGACCCACGACGAUGUUCAGGAGCCAAGUCAGAACAAAUGACUCUUUUUUUUUUUUUUUUUUUUUGCAUUCUCAAAUUCUUUGUUGUUUUUUCAUUUAUUUGUUAUUAGUUUUUAUCUGAAAAUUGGCUAUCAGAUAUUAUAAUAAACAAUAGAUUAAAGUCAAAUCAAUCUCAUAUCUUUUGCGAUCAUCUCAUCACACUCAAUGGUCUGUCUUUGGAUUUUUCCUAGGAGGAUAUGAUGCCAGUAUGCGAUCAACUUAAGAACAUAGUGAGAAAUUCAUGGUAAAGUCUGCACCUGUUGUGUUUGGCGCAUGUGACAAAUAUAAUGACUUUUUAAUCUCGUGAUAAAUAUGAAAGUGAUAUGUUCAGGAGCAGGUCUGAGCAUGUGGUUAUCGACUUCAAUAUUUAGUAAAGUAAAUUGGUAAUUAUACUGGAGUAAAAUUAGCUAGUUAACAAGAACAGAACUCAGUUUCUUAGGCUCUAUUUUAAAAUAUUUUCUACAGGUGUUUUAUUAGAAUAAAACAUUCCAUUGUAGCUUUUUAAGUUGGCGAUCUGAGAGAACUUAAUGUUAAUUCCUUUUUCUGUGUUAUCUCCCAUGAUCAAAUAAAAAAUGCAGCACCAACCAUCACUCAGUGUUUAGGACAGUAUAUAAGGUGUGACUAAACAGUUUCUGGCAGCUGUUUCCUAUUGGGAACCCUCAGUAUAAUGUGCCCAUGAAAAUUAAGAAGUUAUUGUGGAGAUGUUUUUUUUUUUUUUUUUACAUACACACAGUAUUUCAUGUUUUAUAUAGUACUGUGUAUCUAAGCCAACCUUGGCAGUGGUCUGAUGUAACUUCAGAGAAUUUGUAGUACUUAUCACUAGAUGGUGCUAUAGAUCCAUUCAACUAUCAUUAUCUUUGAAACCACUGCAUCGCCAAUUUAUUUUAUUUUAACUUUAUUUAACUAGUCAAGUCAGUUAAGAACAAAUUCUUAUUUUCAAUGACAGACUAGGAAGAGUGGGUUAACUGCCUGUUCAGGGGCAGAACAACAGAUUUGUACCUUGUCAGCUCGGGGGUUUGAGCUUACAACCUUCCAGUUACUAGUCCAACGCUCUAACCACUAGACUACCCUGCCAAUAUCAAAUGUGUUUUGUCUUUUCUGACAUUGAAAGGCUACAAUCAAUUUAUUUGAAUCGGAAGUCCCAGUUAUGUUUUCAUUGUUUUUGCCAAAAGCCUGUAAUGUUGUUUUGCAUGAGAUUGUUUCCUUAGUAAUUUCUUAUUCUGUGUCAGUUUAAGCGACCGAAGCACCUCACUAAAUUGAUAAUUAAGAUUAAAGGAAAUAAUCUUGUUACUGAAAGUGUUCUGAGACAGAAAGGUGCCAGACUUUUUGAAAAUGAAAUCAAUUCCUCUUGAAUUCAAUUUUCAUCCAUUUCAUAUUGCGCUUCAUGUCAAAGUGUACACCAUUGAGUUUUCUAUGUGGGCAUACGCAAUAUAUGUCUAAUAACAGUAGUGGUGGCUCUAUUCAAAGUUUGAAACAAAUUACUAUUUUCAGAGAAAUGGCUGAUAUCCUACAACAAUGCUGAGAAAGAAAGACAUUGUCGGCUAAGAUUCAGACAGUAUAUGUAUUUCCAGUACAUUGCAAUGCUUGCAAAGUGAAAAUCAAAUAUCUAUCCUGUUUGUUUUGUCCUUUGGCAGUAUGUGUCUUACAGGAUGCAAACAUCAAAUCAAAGUUGAUUGGUCGUGUACACAGUAUAGCGGACUUAGUGCAGCCAAAUGCUUAUGUUACUAACUCCUAACAAUGCAGGAAAAUGUCAAACGGUACACAAUUAUUUCUGUUUUGAAAUGUCGGAACAAAUCCAAUUAAUUCGAUCAUGGUUAAGUUGUGUUAGUAUGUGGUUGUGUUAGGUGAUUGUGAUGUAGUGUUCUGUUUAGGAGUGAGUGUGGCAUACAGUCUCUGUGAGUGGGUGGACGUGUGUGGUCAGGCAUGUUCUCCAGUUGUUUUUGUCUCCCAACUCCUGAUCACAGGCCCUCGGCUGCAGCUGUGAAGAAUCCAUCGACUCUCAAAGUAAUGGAGAACUGUUUAUGCUUCAUUUCACCAGCUGAGAAAUGUUGAUUGGAGCUUUGUGGGAGAAGGGAAAAACAACAUCCUAUAAAUCAGUUGAAUGGCUAGACUGAAACAUGGAUAAUCAGACAGACAGAUUGUAUUCAAACGGUUGAUCUGUCAAUCUUUUUGCACACGUACCGAGAACUUCUUACCCAUGUCUUUGCACAUGUAGCCUAUGUACAGUAAGUAAUCACGUUGAGAAAGCCUUAUACGUUUACUUUCUACUUCUGCGUUAGCUUCACAAUUGGAUAUCAAUCAAAAUGUAUCACUAUGGCUAUUCCUGGCACCACUGUGUCAGAAUUCACAGGAUCUGAUCUGCAGUUGGCUCUUAAUGGGACGCGUUUCUAAUUUACCUUAACCCAAAACUGGGCCUGUGUGUGCUGCUGAGAAUGAGAUCUUCAUUAGGAUCCUCCAGCUCUGACCCCCCCCAUCGCCACAGAUGAGUGCCAGGUAAGCACUCUAACAGCCAAACAUGUUGAUAAUUAGACCCGUUAUUGGAAGGUGUUAUCACAACAAUUAACACUCCAAUGUGUGGGUAUCUAUGGGUGGGGUUGAGUGAUUUGGGGUAGGUGGCUUUGUGUCUAGAUUGAAAGCCCCCUUCUCAUUUAAAUGUGACUGAAAGCCUCUAGAUUCUGAUUGGGCACAGUUCUGUAGGGUACAUUUCAUUUAAUGGUAUUUAAUAUUGAGAGGAAACAUGCUAUAAGUCUGCAUGUAUUUGUGUAUAUGUGGUAUGUAGUGUAUGCAUGAUAUUAGUCACCCACUCUGAUGCAGUAAAGAGAGAUAAAAGGCCA